GGAACGCGUUUUGCCCGUAUCUGCAACAUGGCUGCGCCCUGGAACACAUGUGUUUAUGUUUCUGUGAAAGCAAUAAAUGAGCGAUUUCAGUGAUUGUACCCCUCAGAUUUGACAUUGUACUUUACCAGUUGUAUCGGUUGUUAAAGCGAACUGAAGAUGGGGGAGUUUAGAGUGCAUCAUGUUCGGUUCUUCGAGUACAAGCCCAAGGCUAUCCACUGUCUGGCUUAUACAAAAGAAUCUAAGAGAUUGGCUGUUUCACGAUCUGACGGCUCACUGGAAAUAUGGAGUGAACAAGACAAGUGGUUUCAAGAGAGGGUUAUUCCAGGAAGUGGUGAUCGGUCAAUUGAAGCUGUGAUUUGGCAAGGGAGGCGACUCUUCACUGCAGGACUUGAUGGCGAAGUGACAGAAUAUGACUUGAUCAAACUGCAGCCAAUGCACUCAGCUUUUUCACAUGCAGGACCGAUCUGGUGCCUUACACAGAACUCCAGUGGGACAAGAUUAGCUGCAGGGACAGAAGACGGCUGUGUGGUGUUGUUUGAUAUUGACAUGGACAAUCUACAGUACCUUAAGUCGUUUGAUAAACAAGAAGGUCGUAUUUUGUCCAUCGCUUGGCACGAGGGAGAGAACACCAUAGUGACCGGUGGGGUGGACAAUAUCCGUCUGUGGAGUGCCAGCUCCGGCCACGCCAUCCAGCGACUGACCAUCGGCCGAGAGGAGGUUUCUAAAGAGACAAUCGUGUGGUGUGUCACCGUCACAAGUGACCUAACAGUCAUCAGCGGAGACUCACGGGGGAAGACGUGCUUCUGGAACGGCAAGAUGGGAACACUCCUCCGAAGUUUCCAGAGCCACAAGGCGGACGUGUUGUCACUCUGUCUCAGCGAGGCAGAGGAGAGCUUGUACACGGUAGGCGUGGACCCGACCAUUGUCCAGUUCGAGAAGGUCAUCUACCCCGGGGAGAACAACCCGGGCAAGUGGACGAGGUCAGUCGUCCGGUCCAGCCACACCCACGAUAUCCGAGCCAUCGUCCUGUCUGGGGACACCAUCAUCACGGGAGGUGUGGACACCAACCUGGUCUUGCAUGACAUCAAUCCAGCGAAGGGCAAGGGGAGGAAAGUACCCGGUCUGCCACAGCGCCCCCUGGUGAGCGUUGCCAAGGCUGCAGGCCUCCUGUUGUUGCAGUACCCAACAUGGCUGGAGGUGUGGAGGCUCGGCGCCACCAAGAGAAAUUCAAAUCUCCAUGGGGAAAUUCUGCCACUGGACACCAAGCCACUGAAACUGGUCCAGCUGAAGGCCAAGAUAGGAGAAUGUGUCGUCUGUAGUGCCAUAGCAGCAGACGGUGCUCUCAUUGGCUACUCUGAUGAAAGGAGCAUCCGGCUGUACACCUUCACUGUGAAUGAAUCAGAGGAUCUUCAGCCAGUAGUGACCUUGACCCGAAUCAAGGUCAUCGAUGAAGAUAUCAUGCCAGCCCAUCUCAUGACUUUCAACAUCCACAAGCAGCUCAUCACAGCCUCAUGUUCAGCAGCUGUUCAAGUCAUCGAUGUCAAGGACACUGAGGUCAAGGUCAUCCACACAUUCCAACCACUGAAAGAUGUGGACUCCAUACAUCUUCUGAGUGUGUCCGCUGAUGGGGAUCAUGUUGCCGUGGCCGACCACAAGAUGAGGGUGCGAGUCUACAACAUCACCACCAAACAGUUAUAUAACCUACCAAGCCAGAAGACCCAGCCGUGUGCUAUGACCUUCUCUGCCGAGUCCAAGCAACUCUGCGUCGUGCACUGUGACAACACCAUAUUGGAAUACAACGUGAACAAGUCGGAGCUGACCCAAUGGAGUCGGAGUCACAGUCGGAGCCUGCCAGGUCAUUGGAGGAACAGGAAGAACAUCAUCACCCAGAUCUCUCCCAACCCACGCAAUCCACAACACUACUUCCUUCACGAUGAUGAAGUCUUCUGCAUUCUGGAUAAAUCAAAGCCUAUGGCAGUACCUGGUAAGAAGAUGAAAAGACAUAAAGACAAGCACAUCGACACGUCCGACACAGCUUUCACCUACUGCUCAAAAUACAAGUACCUCUUGUACAUGGAGCCCGUCUCAGAGGACUGGCUGGUUGCCGUUGAACGGACCCCGGUUGCCGUCACAGAUACCCUACCAGCCACACUUCGACAGAAAAAGUUUGGCACAUGAUGCAUCUACUGUUUCAUUUGUGUGGGAUGUGCUCUGAUUUCAAGAAUACAAUGACUUCAUGACAGAUGUGCCCUGUGGGCCAUGCUGUAUCGGAGAGUACCGCAAUGGUAUCCAGAGGUUACAUGAUGGCGGGGGGAAUGAACUCUGAAUGUAAUAGUUCUCAGGUACCGUGGAUAUUCUUGAUAUUAAAAAAUACAUACUUA